CAUUCGAUCUACAAACAGUUUGGAUACUACUUUCCGGUGACCAUCGCGGGCAGUUCGCAGGGUGUCGGAUCGAUCCGGACGGACAUAUCCAUCGUCAUGUGCGUCUGCUGGAGCACGGAGUGUCCACGAGAUGAAUUGCAUUCGACAAGGGGCUUGGAUUGCUCGCGGGUGUGUGCCAGAGCCAUUCGUGGGCGACAUCAACGUCGAGCAGCCUGAUUUCGGCGCUGGUAUGAUGCUGCGGAUGAGCGAGUGUGAGCGAUGCGGAUGGGUAAUGCGGUGGCCAUACGAUUCAUGGUUGCGAACAUUUCGCAUAUGCGGCCCAAAAGCCUCGUUUGGGCAUGUCGCACUGGUGCAACAGCGGUGGGGUGUGGUCUUGCCAGGGUUGGAUUGGCUUGGCUUGGCUUGGGUCGGUCUGGUCUGGUUGCUCUGCUCUGCUCUGGUCUGGUCUGGUCUGCUCUGGUCCGAUGUCCUUCGGGGAUCUGCCCUUCUGCCCAUCAAGCAAGGGGCGUCGCUGUCUCAAUCGCUCGCCGGUAUGUUCGCCACACUGCUCGUUUGCUGGCAGAAGCAUAGACGAUAUGGUGCAGGACAAGCGGGCCGCCUCGGGCGGAAUCUGUCUCCUGUGCCAAUGCCGGUUUGAAGUCUCACUCUGCAUCUGCCGCUCGGCUUGGUCUCAUGCAAGUCCAAGACUCUUGGGAUCGAAGACUCUUGGGAUCGAAGACUUGCAGUCGACUCGGUGCCCUCCUGGUACGCCUGCAAGCCAGUGGGUCCAGAACGGCCAACUGCAGGUGAGCGAAGGCAACGCCCAUCGCCGAGCUGCGGCAGUGGAUC